AUGGCAACGCACCGGCUCUGCGUGCAGCACAAUGUCAAACUCUAUUCAAGCCUCGAGCUCGUCGAGCUCAUUGUGCAGGAGCUCGAGAUCAAGACUGACGAGAAGUUAGUCGUUAACCCCAUUAUCGUCUUUCAGGGCGUCGAGAGCCUCGGGUCGGCCGAGAGCUUUGCGACUGUUGUCUAA